AGCCAUUUUGCCUCAAGGCCCCACAGAGGCCGCCGAGCCGCCCGGCCGGCCCGCGCUCCUAUAGGUGGGGGCAGCUGCCCCGGCCCGCGUCGGCCAGUGGCCGCGAGAUGGCCGCCCGCCGCGUGGCGCCGGGGGACGGCGAGGCCAAGGGCAGGCCGGCGGCGCGGGGCUGGUGCGACAUGGUCACGGGCGUGCUGGAGUGGUUCGAGCUCUAGCAGGUCGCCACCACGCCGGUGGCAUUGGAGGUCAUCAAGCCGAAGCAGCACUUCUCCGCGUCCAACGAGCUCAGCGUGCUCACGCUCAUCGUCUGCUGGACUAUCACGCUGUUUUACGACCACCGCCAGGUCGUGGACCACCCCGCCCGGAUGGCAGUUGGCCACUACAACCCGUGCUUCGGCUGGGAUUUCCCGCCCGCCUCGUACAUCGCCGUGUACGCGGGGCUCGAGUCGAUGCGCACCCGCCUGCUCGACAUGGACGGGCAUACAUCUUGGGCCGAGCACUUCGCUAUUGUUACCACGUGGCUGCACGGGGCGGCGUCCGUGCUCUGGCUGUUGCUCUGGUCGGUCGGCCCGCACGACGGCAGAUGGGAGGAGCACCUUGUCAUCUUCACGGUCUGCGUGCUGUGCCGCUACUUGUGCACGCUGGGCAACUACGUGGAGAGCGCCUUCGGCACGCCCCUUCAACGCGCGCGGGUCAAGCGUAAGCACACCGCCCACGGGGUCGUCUACGGUUUGGUCACGGCAACGUUGCCCAUGCUUUAUUUCACCGACGUCGUCGUCUACAAGUCUGAGGCGCGCACCGGCUUCGACCCGUUCCUCCCGUGGCAGGUGCUCCAGGUGAUGGACGCCGCAUGGACACUGCCUUCGCCAUCCCCGAGCCGCCCAUCCAAAUCACGCGCAGGAUCGUAGAGCUCGACAAGGGGGCCGAGGCCGAUGAGAAGGGCAUGAUCGCAGGAGCGGAUGCUCCGUAAUGUUCGACCAGGCGACCGAGCUAGCCGAAAAGGACCUGAUUGCAGGAGCGGACUGGCAGAGUUCGGCAUGGCGACCGAAUUCAACAAUAGUGGGCGGGAUUCAUCGCUGACGCCUCUCAGCGCGAGUAUCCCCGGAUCCAUCAUCUAUGGCGCGCAUUGGGCGCAUCGGGACGCGGACAGUUACCCGCCCCCCCCUGCUCAGAUUCAGUCUCAGUCCGAGCGCGAGGGCCGCAGGCUUGCAUACGAUGCGCGCGCGUGUCCGCGCUCGCGCCGGCCCGCGAGGCCGCCCGCGGCGACGCCAGCAGACUGGCUCUUUUUUUUCUUUUAAGCCCUGCCGAGCGGCGGGCUCUGCGCAGCGAGGGCUGCACUCAAGUGGCACUGCUGCCGUCCGGCGCAGCCUGGGCCGACGUCCCGCCUAAUGGUUGGGCUACGCCAGUCCCAGGCGCGCCCGCCCGUAGUGCUUCGUUGCGCUGGCUUGGGGCUGUCCAUACGGCGCCGCGGUGGACGUCGGUCGACGCUAGGUGGCGGCCCCUCUGACUCGAGUCUAUCGUUCUCAUUCCACAGUGUGGACGUAGCACGGCCUUACUGCGCUGGCCACAUCGCGGCAAAGGUGGCGCGGAGGACGCCAGGCAUCCUCGGUGGCUUCGUCGCCGUCACGCUCGGCCGUCGCUGUCUUGUUUCACCCAGGCCGUGCAUGCUGUGCUGACCCCCGUUAAGCCACCUCUGGACUGCUCUAGACUAUCCCCUCGCCGUGGGGGCAAGGGGUCCUGAGGAAAAGGGGUCCUGCAACCCUCGCGAAAGUUAAGCAAGAUUUGUCCCCUCCCCCCACCCCUGCCACCCAGUUGCAAUGUUCGGCGGCACGCGCGGCGCGGCCUGUGGGCGCCGACGACAGACAUGAAGUCAUUUGUCGCGGCGUCACCCUUGAAACAUGGGGAUUGGGGGGCGCACACACUGCGCGGGCAAAACUUGCUUUUGAGUUUCAUCAGCAGCAGCGGCAGCAGCAGCUUCUUCAU